AUGAAAAGCCAAAUUACUCGUUCCCGAAGUUAUUUUGCUUCCCAAAGAGUGAACAACAACCUACUUCGAUCUCUCAUCACUCUGCGAUCAUUCUCUACGACCAACCAAAACAACACAUACCCGAUUGACAACAACAAAGGAUCGAUUGUUGAUUAUGGGCUCUAUGUAGUGACUGAUUCGGAAAUUUCAAGCAAAGCAUCCCGUUCAUUGGAGGAAACCGUUCAGCAAGCUAUUGAAGGAGGAUCAUCAAUUAUUCAAUAUCGUGAAAAGAAUGGUUCAUUGAAUACUCGUCAAAUUCUGCAACAAGCAAAAUCUUUACAACGUAUUUGUAAAAAGUAUGGCGUUCCAUUUCUCAUAGAUGAUCGUGUUGAUUUGGCUCUGGCUUGCAAUGCCGACGGAGUUCAUGUGGGUCAAAAGGAUCUCCCACCUCAAUAUGUGAGAAAAUUGAUUGGUCAUUCCAAGAUUUUGGGAUUAACAGUCGGAACGAGAGAGCAAGUGAAUGAAGCACUCUCACAUGAAGUGAGAGCAGAUUAUUUAGGAACCAAUGCCAUUUUCCCAACUCAAACCAAAAAAGAUGCUGGUACUGCUGUGGGAUUACAAGGACUCAAAGAUUUAGUGGACUAUGUAAAGAGUGUGUCAAUGGAAAGAAAUAUACCAUUGGUAGCCAUUGGAGGAAUUGGUAAUCAAAACGUUGAAGAUGUGAUGAAAUGUGGUGUCGAUGGAGUUGCAGUGGUGAGUAGUGUCGUUGGAGCCUCCAGUGCUUUUGAAGCUGCAAAAGAGUUGAGAAGACAUGUGAAUUUUUAUCAAAUGGGUCAAUCAAGAGAAAAGGCAGAAUUACGAGAACAAAUGACAGAUGCCUUAUUGCAAAUCAAAAAGAGCAGACCAUUGAUUCAUAACUUGACCAACAAUGUGGUAACCACACAAACAGCCAAUGCACUUCUUGCGAUUGGUGCUUCUCCAGUCAUGACUCAGUAUCAUGCCGAAAUUGCUGAUAUGGUAGAUAUUGCGAGUGGAGUAUUAAUUAACAUUGGAACAUUGGAUGAGUACUCUAUAAAAGCCAUGCAUUUAGCAGCAAGACAUGCAGGUCACUUGGGAAAGCCAGUAAUCUUGGAUCCCGUCGGCUUUGGAGCUACUCGUGCAAGAGAAGACACAACCUUUGAUUUAUUAUUGAACCACAAGAUUACUAUUCUUAAGGGAAAUUAUGGUGAAAUUGGUAAAAUGCAUGGAGAGGGAGGUUUUGCAACAUUGAAAGGAGUAGAUGCUGAGGGUGGUCCACUCACAGACCAAUCCCAAAUGGAUAAGGUUGUUUUGGAUUUAUCAAGAAAAUAUGGAUGUGUUGUUUGUAUGACUGGACCUAUUGAUUUUAUUUCAGAUGGUUCUCGAGUCAUUAGAAUUUAUCAUAAUGAGCCAUCCCUUCAAUAUUUGACUGGAGUUGGAUGUAUGACUGGGGCUAUUCAGACAGCUUUUGCAGCAGUUUGUAAUGAUCCACUUGUUUCAGCAGCUGCAGGUUGUGCGUUUGUGGCACUGAGUGGAGAAAUUGCUACGAAAAAGCUUGGUGUUGAUGGAAAGAGUGGUGAAUUGCCAAUGUUAGGAGAUUUUAGAACAGAGUUAUUCAAUGCUUUUGGUAGUUUAACACCAACAUUCUUUAGAUCUCACCUUAAUUUUGAUAUCAUCAAGUAUUAA